GAGGGGCGAGGCCCGGCUGCAGGGGCUGCUCGGCCCAGGAGGAGCCCGCGUCCCGCUCAGCCUUGCAGCCCCGCGCCCUGAGCAUCUUCCCGGAGGAACGGAGACAAAGGAGGAUUCAUGUCCAAAGGACUCCCAGAGACCAGGACGGACGCAGCCAUGUCAGAGCUGGUGCCUGAGCCCAGGCCUAAGCCGGCAGUGCCCAUGAAGCCCGUCGGCAUCAACCCCAACCUGCUGGGCUACAUUGGCAUCGACACCAUCAUUGAGCAGAUGCGCAAGAAGACCAUGAAGACUGGUUUCGACUUCAACAUCAUGGUUGUUGGUCAGAGUGGACUGGGCAAGUCAACACUGGUCAACACCCUCUUCAAAUCCCAAGUGAGCCGCAAGGCCUCCAGCUGGAACCGGGAGGAGAAGAUUCCCAAGACAGUGGAGAUCAAAGCUAUCGGGCACGUGAUAGAGGAAGGCGGUGUCAAAAUGAAGCUGACCGUCAUCGACACCCCGGGCUUUGGAGACCAAAUCAACAAUGAAAACUGCUGGGAGCCCAUUGAGAAAUACAUCAAUGAACAGUAUGAGAAGUUCCUGAAGGAGGAGGUGAACAUCGCCAGGAAGAAACGCAUCCCUGACACACGUGUCCACUGCUGCCUCUACUUCAUCUCCCCGACAGGACACUCCUUGCGACCUCUUGACCUGGAGUUCAUGAAGCACCUCAGCAAGGUGGUGAACAUCAUCCCUGUCAUUGCUAAGGCCGACACCAUGACCCUGGAGGAGAAGUCUGAGUUCAAGCAAAGGGUUCGAAAGGAGCUUGAAGUAAAUGGCAUUGAAUUCUACCCCCAGAAGGAAUUUGAUGAGGAUUUGGAGGACAAGACAGAGAAUGACAAAAUCCGGGAGAGCAUGCCUUUCGCUGUGGUGGGAAGUGACAAGGAGUACCAAGUGAAUGGCAAACGGGUCCUCGGCAGAAAAACUCCCUGGGGGAUCAUUGAAGUGGAAAACCUCAACCACUGUGAGUUUGCCCUGCUUCGAGACUUUGUCAUCAGGACCCACCUCCAGGACCUCAAGGAAGUGACACACAACAUCCACUAUGAGACCUACAGGGCCAAGCGGCUCAAUGACAAUGGAGGCCUCCCCCCGGGAGAAGGUCUCCUGGGCACUGUCCUUCCACCCGUGCCAGCCACCCCCUGCCCCACUGCAGAAUGAAGGCCAUUCCAAGCGCCGCUCCUCCCUCCAUUCCUCUCAGCUGUUAUUGCUGCAGGGCCACGCCUUUUUUAGUGCUGUGCGUGUCCAGCCACCCCCACAGCCCCUCUCAGCCCUCAGCAGGUGGGAGGGGCCCGCUGCCUCUUUAGGACAGUUGCUUCUUCCACUUAUCCAAACCACCCCUCUCCUCCCAGUGGAAUGGAGUUCUCGCCAGCACUGCCCUCCUCCAUCGUCUGUGUGAGCCGGUCCUAGCCCAUCUGUAGGGUUGAAAGAACUCACCAAGAGCUUCUUCUGCCCUUGCAAACCCAUAUCAGCUACUUGUAACCAUCUCCAAGGGAAACGGCACUGCUUCCUGUCCCUUCAUCUGCAUGAGCUACUCUUGGCUUCUUUAAAGAGUCAAGAAAGCAACUUUUCUGCUUGUCAGGUGUGUUGACGUCAGCUGUGUGAGCCCCAAUGUGGGACAAGGGUGUCUCCUUCAUUGCUCAAAGCUUAUUUAUAAAGAUGGGUCACUACAGAUGUGGGGAAGCAAGGGCUAGCAUCACUUUAAAAAAAAUCACCACUUGUGGCUGGCCCAGAGUGCAGUCACACACCCUCCCUACCCCAUAAUGCAGCCACUUAGGAAGAGUGGUUUUCCUGAAGAGACAUUCUCGGAGCUGACUUCCUUAUCCUCAAACUUUAAAUCAGAACUAAAAACACACACACACAACUCCAGAAACUCAUAAGAUGUGAACCCUAGGAAGAAAAAAGCACCCUUCUGUCCACUUAGCAAUAAGAGGGAAUCUCUUCCCACCUACCCUGACUACUCCUACACCGCACCCCUGCCCCACUUCCGUUAAUGUGAGUAAUGAAGUAGUCUGGCCACAGUCCAUCACUGUAGGCUAGUGGAAAAUCCCCAGGGGAGGGCACCGCCCCCCCCCCCCCCAUCAGAUGCAUGAAUGUUUGCGAAUGUCGGCUGCCACUGCCCCCCACACUACGUCCUUAUGGAAUACCCCUUGCCCACUGCUCCACCAUUUCCACCUGGACACAACUUGCUCAAAGGCUGGUGACUUGUGGGCCAUUCACCUACAACCAAAUCCUGAUGGAGCAAGAGGCCCAAGCCUAGGGGAUGCAAGAACGACCCGUUUCUUAAAUGUUACCAGUCCCAGACAACCUUUUGGUGACAUUAUGGUUAAUUUUCCCAAUUGAAAGUAAGCCAACAGACACUCACACUGGUUGUGUAAAUGUUGCUAGACUUUAUGUGUUGUACAACUAAACAUUGCUGUUUGAACAA